CUGUACCCUGUAACAUUGCUUGCUAAGUCCAUUUCAUUCUCGCGCCUUCUUCUUUCCCCAUACCAUAUCCUCUUCUCAAACUUGAAUGAAGAGUAGUAACUUUCAUAGCUCAACCACCAUGAAUGUCUUCUUGUUUCUGUCCCUGCUCUUAUGUUCCACCUUCCAUGUCUCCCAAUCACUCAUUGAUGGACUAGUGGCAAAUGGGAAUUUUGAGCUUGGUCCAAAACCAACAGAGCUAAAAGGAACAGUGGUAACUGGAGGCAAAAACUCAAUACCAGAAUGGGAAAUAUCAGGUUUAGUAGAAUACAUAAAAUCGGGACAAAAACAAGGUGACAUGUUACUAGUUGUACCAGAAGGUGCAUAUGCAGUGAGACUAGGAAAUGAAGCAUCAAUAAAACAAAGGAUAAAAGUGAUUAAAGGAAUGUAUUAUUCAAUAACUUUUAUGGUGGCACGUACAUGUGCACAAGAAGAAAGAAUUAAUAUAUCUGUUGCUCCUGAUUUUGGUGUUAUUCCUAUACAAACAUUGUAUACAAGUAGUGGUUGGGAUCCAAUUGCUUAUGGUUUUAAAGCUGAAUAUGAUGUUGUGGAAAUGGUUAUUCAUAAUCCUGGUGUUGAAGAAGAUCCUGCUUGUGGUCCUCUUAUUGAUUCUGUUGCUCUUAGGACUCUCUAUCCUCCUAAAGCUUCUAAUAAGAACAUAUUAAAGAAUGGUGGAUUUGAAGAAGGACCUUAUAUUUUUCCCAACACAUCAUAUGGAGUGAUCAUCCCACCCAAUAUUGAAGAUGACCAUUCACCUCUCCCAGGAUGGAUGGUAGAAUCCUUAAAAGCAGUAAAAUACCUAGACUCAGCUCAUUUCUCAGUUCCACAAGGCACAAGAGCAGUUGAACUAGUGGCAGGAAAAGAAAGUGCAAUAGCACAAGUUGCUAGAACAAUUCCAGGCAAAACCUAUGUCCUCUCAUUUUCAGUUGGUGAUGCAAGCAAUUCCUGUGAAGGUUCAAUGAUUGUUGAAGCUUUUGCUGGUAAAGACACAAUUAAGGUACCUUAUACAUCCAAAGGUAAAGGUGGAUUCAAACGUGCGGCGCUUAAGUUUGUAGCUGUUGGGACAAGAACAAGGGUGAUGUUUCUUAGUACUUUUUAUAGUAUGAGAAGUGAUGAUCUUUCUUCUCUUUGUGGUCCUGUUAUUGAUGAUGUCAAGUUGCUUAGCGUGCGUAAACCAUAAGGCGAUGAGAGUUCCUUUUCCUACCCUAUGAAUUUUUAAACACGCUUCUGUAUGGAUUUAUUCAUCUGGCGGACAAAAUAUCAUUUUGUCGUUCGGGCUUGCCUAUCUAGACACCAGAAAAAAUGGUAUUUUUCCGUCCGAAUUUGUAAAUCCAGAGGGGUGCAAUUUUCAAGAAAUGGGUGGGGUUAAGUACCUCUCUAAGGUGGUUAUUAACUUAUUAUUGAGCCUGUUUUAUGGGUGUGAGGCUAAUAUCAAAAUAUUACUUAUGGGUUCUUAGCCUUUUGAUCAGUUUAUAUAUAUUUUGUUAGGAGAAUAAGAUUGUUUUUUCCCUUAUUUUAUAAAAGAUCAGAGAGGUACUAUGUAUGAUUUUUACUUUCAUAUAUGAGAAAAAUGUGUGUAUAUCAAUUAUCAAAUGAUGUAAGCAUUUCCUGAAGAAAAAGAAUGAUAGCAUGUACUAUGAAAAUGUGUGUGUAUCUAAUGAUGAUAGCAUAUUUGAACAUAUAUAAACUAGUA